AUGACCUUUAUUACAUGGCUGGUUUGCCUGUUGGUUCAUGCUGGCGACGUUCAUCCGAAUCCUGGUCCAUCAUCAACUCACUCUGUUAGCUCAACGUGCUCAUCUACUUCUACCAUAUCACAGUCAUUGUCAGAUCUUAUGUCGGGAACAUGUUGUCUCUCUGUGCUGCAUAACAAUGUACAAAGUCUCUUUAACAAGGUUGAUGUUCUUGAAGCCGAGUUCAGCUCUUUUGAUGUCCUUUCUUUUUCUGAAACAUGGCUCAGCUCUAGUGACUUAAGUGACGAUAUACGAUUUAGAGGUUUUCAUGCGCCAGAAAGAAAGGACAGAAAAGGAGAUAGUCAUGGCGGAGUUAUCGUUUAUGUUAAGAAUAGCCUACAUUAUAUUCGACGACCAGAUCUCGAACCAACAGACCUCGAGUGUAUUUGGGUUGAAGCUAGUGUAGUGUGCAGCAACGAUUAUGGAAUGGGAGUAACUAAAGUAUGGAAAAGAAAUAUUACCGGAAAAGGUGUUACAAUUGCUGUUAAUGAUGUUGGAAUAAAUACUGAUCUCAUCGAUUUGGAACCAAAUAUUAAUAAAAAGUUGUGUAAAAAUUUCUUGACCAACGACUCAGAUGUGACACCAGAGAGCUUUGAUAUACUAGAUAAGGCGCCAUUUUUUACAGACCAUGGUAAUAAAGUUGCUAGUGUAGUUGCUGCCGUGAAGAACAACUAUAGCUGUUGUCCUGGAAUCGCCUAUGAUGCCACUAUUGUCGCGCUUAAAAUCUUUGAAGUCGCACUCAUCGGCAACUGGUUACUGUCGAUAAGGCCUAAUCACUUUACAACGUCAGACAUAAUUUCUAAAGCACUAACUUACGAACUGGAUAAGAUUGACGUUUUUGUCAACGCUUGGACAUCAACAGAGCUAUUUGCUAAAUUCGACCUUGCUACUAGAAAUGCCAUUACACAUGGAGCAACGACGGGUCGUCGUGGUCUGGGUACGAUAUACGUUGUACCGGCUGCCUCUUGCGGAAAUGAGUUUUCAAACAAUAUUCAUACAAUUACCGUCAAUAGUAUUGGCAGAUAUGGAACAAAGCCUUUCGAUGUCUUACUUGAUGCAAGUGUUCUGGUAUCUGGUCUGAGAAAUGGCAACAACUUGACAGCAUCUACUGUAGUUACAGCUUCCCACGGGAACAAAUGUGUAACGAACUUCAAAGGUGUAUCUGUUGCUGUAUCUCAGGUUUCAGCAAUAAUAGCUUUGGGGUUACAGGCAAAUCCAGACCUAACACUCAGAGAUGUGCAACAUCUAUUGGUUCAGGCUUCAUACCAUGAAGGUCUUGUGGAAACCACAGCAUUUAGGAGUAAUGGGGCGUUUAGAUACUUUCACAACUUCUUCGGAUUUGGUCUUUUGAAUGCAGAUAGAUUUGUCCAACUGGCUUCAAACCAUACUUCUGUGCCAACAUUAGACUCCUUGAAUUUACAUGAGUACCAAAUGAGAACGUCUGGAUACCGAACACAGAUUUUCGAGUUCUGCUACAGUUGUGAUAUUUACAGUGAUGAAACAUGCUUAACGUCCAUCGAGCAUGUGACGACCUCAAUUAACUUCACAACAUCUGACAAUCGCUUGAAAAUAAAAAUAAUAUCACCUAGCAAAACGCAUUCAGUUUUAAUGGCUUUAACAAGCAACAAGAAAGAGAUGCCGCUGAGUAAGGAAGGGAAGCUUGUGUCAGUACAUUUUUGGGACGAGGUGCCUGUAGGGAAGUGGCAUAUAAGAGUGCAGAACAGACAUUCCUUAGAUCAAACGAAAGUGAUGAACAUCUCGUUGCAAAUACAUGGAACAAGGCGGGCUCUCAAAGUGUACUUGGCGGCAGACAUGUUGAAUGCAUGCUGUACCGAAGAUGAUGAGAAACUACCCGAAACACCUAAAACGACCAGUGCUGCACCUACUGCUGGACUAGAUAUUACUAUUGUGGUCAAUGCUGUACUUUUGGCAUAUAUUUGUGUGGUUGCUACAACGUUUGGCUUUCGGCAGUAACAAAAAAAAAAUAAAAAUAAAAAAAAAUAAAUAAAAAAAAAAGGAAAAAGAAAGAAAGAAGUUAUUCUUAUCUUGAAAUUGGAACAUUUCCGUAAAUGUUGCAUGUUAAUUUGCUUUUAAAGAUUCGAUUUUUUUUUUCGUCAAGAAUUUUUAACACGUGUUUAACUAAAUUUGUUUGACAGUCAAACUUAGCACUGAUAUAUAAUUUAGGAAACACCAGGUGUGUCAAGUACCGCACAACUUCAGACUCGUGACUUUUAUCAAUGAUAAGAUUUUUUAGAACAUUACUGAUCAAAGGUGUUUUAUUUUUUAUGGACUACGAUUUUAAUGUUUCAGGGUCAGAUAUGCCUAUCGGCAUACAGGAUAUACCAUUAGGAAUUUACAUAUAUAAAAAUAAAAAGACGGCAAAGCUAUUACUAGUAAAUGAACCAAACUUUUUACAACAUUCAAAUAAUGAAAUGUCAUCUGCAAGUAGUAGCAUAUACAUAAACCAGAUUCGAAAGUUAUGAAAAAUCCCUUUCGCCUUUAAGAGUAAGUAGCUAAAUAUAUCGCUUAAAAAUCAUCAGUUGUCUUGUCUUCUCUUGUCUUGUCCUGUCUUUGUAUCUGUCUUUGUCUUUUCUUGUCUUUGUCUUUGUUCCUGUCUGGCUUUGUCCCUGUCUUGUCCUGGCCUAUUUUGUCCUGUCCUGUCCAUUCCUGUCCUGUCCUCUGUAGAGAAACAUGAAAUCUCAAACGAUUAUUCUAUUUCACUGUAAGUAAGUAAUGCAUUCUAACAGGUCAUAAUCAUAUGAUGAAAAUCUAUCUUUGCAAUUUAUGAACAAAAAUGUUUUGAUAAAAUCGUUUUUAUCGUUUGGCCAUUUGAUUCAAUAAAUUUUGUCAA